AUGCGUCUCGAUAAGAAGGAAACGGAAAAAGAGGAAUUCCACAAGUGGAAAAAUGCAAUCACUGUUAUUGCAUCUAUCUUUCCUAUUGUGUUUGCCUCCAUUGUCGGCCGUAUGGUCUUUGAAAGUGCACGAUGGAAAUUGGAGAAAGGCACCACACUCGACCUUCUUGAGCAACUGAUCGGUAGUCGAACUGUCGGAUCAACUUUCACCACACAGAUCAAUCUUGGCAAAUUCAACAUUCUUGGCCUCGUACUUCUCCUCAUCUGGGCAUUUUCGCCACUAGGAUCUCAAUCCGUACUUCGAAUGCUGGACUCUCGACUCGAGCGAGUCACUACAGACUCUGGUGUGGCUUACUUCUCAACCGACGCCGUAUCCCAACUUGCAUCCGACUUACCAAACACCCCGGAAAGCGGAGAAGGACAAGCUAUAUCUUCCGGCUAUAUGAAGGCCAUGUUCACAAGUCUUUUCAUUACAUCUGUAGCCAGCAAGUCAGACCCUAUGGACCUUUGGGGAAACGUCAAGAUUCCAAACCUUGCCAUCACUAUUAUUUGGUGCUUUUCGAGGCGUAAAUCCCGAAAAUCAAGCUACCUCAGCCUCGAAUGUUAUAACUUGACUAUGUCCAAUACCAGUUUCUAUAUUCCUUGGAAUUGGACAAAUCCGCCUACUUGGGGAGAGUACGAACAAAAGCUCAACGGUACUUGGCAUGGAUAUAAUGAUACCAACUUGCAAACGCCAUGGGCUAUGGCAGUGGAUCGCUUCGUUGAUCCGUACUGGGCCUCAACUGAUAAUCUCACUGACCGUUUGGGAGAAUACGUUUUGGGCAAGAGUUACUAUGGUCGUCCAGUUCUUUUCGAGAACGAGACAGAUCUCCAUGUCAAGCCUUCGAGACUUCUCUUCAACUCAAAAUUCAAACUUUGA